AGAAGGAGAGUCACAAGAACAUUUACAAAGAUGGCUUUAGCCAUUGCUUCUGCUCUCACUUCCACCACACUCGCUUUAUCCACAAGCAGAGUGGAAAACGGACGAGGAGCUUUCUCAUCACGUGUCGAUGGAAGAACAAGUCAGCGUUUGGUGGUGGUUCGUGCCGGUAAAGAAGUUUCUAGUGUCUGUGAACCACUUCCUCCGGACCGUCCUAUGUGGUUCCCCGGUACUUCUCCACCUGAGUGGCUCGAUGGCAGUCUUCCUGGUGAUUUCGGUUUCGAUCCUCUUGGUCUAGGGUCUGACCCGGAGACCCUCAGAUGGUUUGCACAAGCUGAGCUCAUACAUAGCCGGUGGGCCAUGCUAGCAGUAACCGGUAUCUUGAUACCAGAAUGUCUAGAACGGUUAGGCUUCAUCGAGAAUUACUCAUGGUACGACGCAGGGUCACGCGAGUAUUUCGCGGAUUCCACUACCUUAUUCGUCGUCCAGUUAGUGUUAAUGGGCUGGGCCGAAGGUAGACGUUGGGCUGAUUUUAUAAAACCGGGUUCGGUUGACAUAGAGCCUCAGUAUCCGCACAAGGUGAAUCCUAAACCGGAUGUUGGUUACCCGGGAGGUUUAUGGUUCGAUCCGAUGAUGUGGGGGAGAGGUUCUCCUGAUCCGGUCAUGGUUAUGAGGACUAAAGAGAUUAAAAACGGACGGUUAGCGAUGCUUGCUUUCGUUGGGUUUUGUUUCCAAGCUAACUACAGUGCUAGUCAAGAUCCAAUUGAGAAUCUCAUGGCUCAUCUCGCUGAUCCUGGUCACUGCAACGUCUUUUCAGCAUUUACAUCACAAUGAUCACGUUGAUUGAGAUUAGUUUGCGGCGAAUAUAAUUUUCUUAUGGCUGUAUAAGCAACCAAAUGAUGUUAUAACUUUGGUGUAUAGCAUCAGUUACGUUAUUGUUAUGAAUUUAAUUAUUUGUAUAUUGUUGUUUUAUAAAGAGACAAAAUUCAAAAAUUGUUAGUUAAGUCAUUGAACUUCUGAGAAAUGAAGAUAUAGUACAUGUUUU